UAAUAAGAUUCCUUUUACUUUUUUAAUUAAAUCUGGGAUUAGUGCACUCUAGUUGGGAAAUAUUUCUGAAAAACAAAUGGGAUGCAUAUGCAGUAAAGCAAGAACAGAAACACAUGAAGAGAGUGGUGAGGCUUGCAACGAUCAAAACGUUGUAGAAUUGGAUGGAAUAGUGGACUCAGAUAGCCAUGAGUCAGAUGAUGAUGUUCCUGAUGGAAAUGCAAUAACAAGGCCAAAACCAGAACCCAGUACUGCACAAGGUGACAAUAAAACACCAAAAAAAACUGGCAACCCUAUUCGAGUUAUCAUUCAAAUCAAAGAUGGGUUUAAUGAAGGCCGCUAUGUGUAUCCAUCAAAAUUAAAAAUUAAAGUUGACACCUUCAAUGAUCCAAACAAAGUUCCUAAAUGGACAAGAAGACAACAAAAUGACAACUAUUUCAAAUUAUCUCACAGCUACAAGAGUAAAGAAUAUUUAGUGACAGCAAACGGACGUCAUAUUCAUUUAAAAAAAGCCGGGAAAGACGAAAGCAAGACCAAUUUUGAGCUCAAGUCUGCAACACAUAGUGAAGGAGAAAAGAUGAUGAUUACAACCAGUCCAAAUACUAAACGAUAUGUUGAAGCUACCAAGAAAAAAAAGUUGACUAUGAACUCUAAAAUUAAAUAUGCAACUUCUCUUGAAAUAAAGGAAGCAUGAUCAUGUGCGAGAGUUUUUACGCGAAGAAAGCAUUUGCCUUACCUAUUGCUACUAUUGCUCACUUCCUGGAGGUAAGCAAACGAGAUAACAUGGUUUGCUAUACAAUUAAGUUGUCUUAUCAGCUUUCGUCUCCCCCCGGAUAAAUAUAAAAAAACGUCAUCAUCAUAUAUUUCAGAAUUUGAAUAAUUUUCAUGGCCUUAUUGUUAUGAAUUAGUUAAUAAACGCAAUGACUAAUAUUUGUAUCGAGUUACAAUAUCCAUGUACAAUAGGCAACAAAACAGUUUUUCAAAUACACCUUGUAGAUUCCUAUUUAUCGUUAGUUAUCAAGGGGUAAAAACCUUGUUGAGCGUGAAAAGCGUGAAUCAGAGUCGAACAAAAAAAAUAUAUUCGGGGAAUCAUUUUGUUGCAAAACGUUGUCUUGUUGUAACGUUGUAUUUUUCAACUUUAGUGUCAGUCAUAGAAUUUGAAAUAAUACAAAGAUUCAAAUAUAUAUUUUUAAAAUGUAUUUGAAGGAGUGAAUUAUUGGCCAUUCUAAGUCCUAUUGUACAAUUCAAGAGUCCUGCUG